UGAAAUACGCGAACCGAUUCCCACAGAGAGACAGACGGCAUCAGUCGUGUCUGAGCUAUGGCGAGCUGCGCUGUUUGUUCUUUUACCGAGUCGUGAGAGCAGAUGCUCUGAAACGAUUUUGUUUUUGAAAAUAACUACUAGACCGAAAACACCGAACAGGCUACUUCUGAGGUUUGUGUUCCGGUUAAAGUUUGGAUUUUAGACAGUGCACUGCGUGAAGCAGCUAUAUCGCCUCUACCUACACCGAACAGCAGGUGGAUGCCGUCAUGCCAUUUGGGUGCCUUGCCCUGCGAGAUGGGCGGAGCUUAGACGACAUCUCUGAUGUCACCGACAAGUACGAGAUUGGACAGGUCCUCAAAGCGAAGGAGUUCUGUGAGCUGUGUAUGGCUAAAGACAGACAGACCAACAAGGUAUUUGUCUGUAAGAAGUUUCUCAAGAAGGACGGGAGGAAAGUACGCAAGGCUGCCAAGAAUGAAAUUCUGAUUCUCAAAAUGUACGUGAUCCCAUUACAUAUCCUAGGAUUGGGUUAGGGUAUAAAUGUACGUGAUCCCAUUACAUAUCCCAUGUAAUGCUAUCCCUGAGGGUAUAAAUGUACGUGAUCCCAUUACAUAUCCCAUGUAAUGCUAUCCCUGAGGGUAUGAAUGUACGUGAUCCCAUUACA